CUCCAUCUCCGUCACCACUGCGUCUCCGUCACCGUCUCCAUCUCCGUCACCGCCACCGCGUCCUUCCGUCUUCAUCUUCUACGUGUCAUCCUGUUCGUCUUCAUCAUCUCCGUCUCAAGGUGAUUUAUUGCCGAAACUAUGACAUCAUCAAAAAAUGGCGAUGAAACUGAAGUGCGAAUGAGGCAUAGCUGUAUCCCGGUGAAUUUGAGCAGCAUCAAUGAAAAGUUAACAAAAACUCAACGUGCUCACAUCGAAUGCACCCCAUUCAAAUGGGCGAUUGAUAUUUCUAACAACUUCUCAAUCUCAGGUGGUUUAUUAUGGGAGUUGGUAAGUAGAUGGGAUGUACGUAGUAGGGGAUUUAGGGUUAGGGAUAGAAUAGUUCCCUUUACUCCAAUUGAUAUUUCUUUUGCUCUUGGAUUGUCUAUUGUUGGUAAGUCUCUAGUAGUAGAAGAAGAUCAACAAUGUGAAACAUUAGAUCUAUUUAAAGGGGCUGAUAUACCCAUUAACAAUAUCCGCAAACAACUUCGUUACCAUAAGAAAAAAUUAGUUAAUUUUGUUAGACUUUACAUAUUACUUGCAUUUGCGGAGUUUUACUUUCCCAAAACAGGGAAUAAGGUAUUUACGGGAUUUGUUAAGCAAUUGGAUGAUUUGGAUUCCCUUGAUGCCCAUAGUUGGGGCAUUGCUGUUUAUAACUUUGUGGUUUCUAGUUUAUGUGAGUCUUCAAUUGUGUUGAAGGAGGGAAAAAACAAGGCACAAAGACAUUUAAACGAGUGUGCUGCCAUAUUACAGACAUUCAACCACUUAUCUUUGGGGAAAACACCAACUGUUUCUAGGUUUAGUUUUCCACGUGUAUUGAAUUGGCCGAUUAUAAGUAUGCAGAAGAAAAAUAUUGAAAAAGCAUUUGAAAAAAAUAUGAUAAUUGAUAGAGUGGUUGCAACAGAAGAAGAGCUAAAAUAUGACAUAGUCAAUGCUGCCCUGUUUGAACAAGGACAACAAUUUGUGGAUGUUAUUAAUUAUCAUAGAUUGGUGGCUGAGAAUAAAGAUUUUAAAGAGAGGAUAACGGUUCUUGAGUAUGAAGUGAGGAACUUUGGCUAG